AUGCCAGCGAAGGAAGCUACCAAGAAAGCCGCACCAUCCCACCCACCAUACAAGCAGAUGAUCGCUGAAGCCCUCAAGGGUCAAGGUCGAAAAGGUUUGUCCCUCCUUACCCUGUCCAAGAUGAUCCAAGCCAAUCAGAAGGGCCUCAAUCCCCGCCACGAGACUUCGCUCAAGUUGGCGCUCAAAAAGGGCCUCGAAGAUGGUACACUCGCCAAGGUCAAGGGUGUCGGUCUCUCUGGAUCCUUCAAGCUCGCUGCUCCUGUCAAGGCUGCUCCUGCCGCUAAGAAGGCCGUUCCCAAGACAAAGCCAGCUGCGAAGAAAGCGGCUACCAAGAAGGCGCCCGUCAAGAAAGCCGCUGCAAAGCCAGCUGUCAAGAAGACCACCGCCAAAAAAACUACCGCCAAAAAGACCACCGCCAAGAAAGUCACCGUCAAGAAGGCCGCUGCGAAGAAGGUGACCAUCAAGAAAGCAGCCGCCAAGAAAACUGCGAAGAAGACCGGCAAGAAGGCAUAUUAUCACUUGAACGUUCUCAAACGCAUACUAGCACAAUAUGAAGACGAAAGAAAGAAACAGCAGGAUCGAAUUGACCUUCAUUCGAGUGAACUGAAAGCAAUGUACACUCGUGAAUUGGAAUUGAAGAAGGAAAAUGACCGCCUAAAGAGUGAAACACAGGCUGAAAAUCUGAAAAAACGAGUGAGGGACCUCGAAAAGGAAAACAUACAGUAUCAGCGCGAUCUUCAUGAAUCCUACCAGCGUGAACGAGAUUUGAACGAAAAAGUGAUCACUUUGAGAGGGAAAAUAGGGUAUGGUACCUACCGUGUGCUCCAUACGAAUAUGGCUCUUGAGGUGGGGAAACUUGAACAUGCAAAUAAUCAAUAUGAGCACGAGAGACAGUCACUUGAUCAUCUAGAGCGACAGAAUCGCUGGCUUCAAGAUAAACGCAAUCAACUCGAGAAUCAACUUAAAGAGCGAGAAAGAUUCUGGGAGCAAGAAAACGAGCGUGUCAAAAAUGAAUCUAAAGCCGGACGGGAUUAUUCGGAGCUCUUUUCUGAGAUGGAGCGUUGUAAGAUGCAGUACGAUCAAGCCUAUGGACACUUAGAAUACCGAUUUCGACAAUUGUCAAAUGAAUUUCAACAACUUACGCUUGAUUUUCGAAAGAAAGAAGAUGAGAAUGAUCGCUUGAGCAGUCAGUUACCUGCCUGCUCUGUCUGCAAGACUUCAUUCAAUGAGUCCCGCCAAAAUAAUAUUGAUUUGAUGCUGACGACCUGCGGACAUGCUUGCUGCGGAAACUGCUUGCAGAUUCUCUGUUAUCAGCCCGAACAUAAUUGCCCAGUGUGUAGAAAGAAAAUAGCUAUCGAAAGAUGCAUCAAGAUUUACUUAUAA